AUGUUUAUACUUUCCAGCUUCACUGACCUAGUCAUAAUCGAUCCCCAGGACUUCUCAAAGCCGACUGUCGAUGCCCUUGAGGACCAGAUCAACACCAAAUAUGCGAACAAGGUCGUCUACAACAUUGGGCUCUGUAUCUGCCUAUGGGACAUCCUCAAAGUCAGCGAGGGCAUGGUAGGGCACGGGAGUGGUUCUGCCCACGUCAACGUUGAGUUCCGACUGGUCGUUUUCCGCCCGUUUAAAGGCGAAGUUCUCACAGGCCGUAUUUCCUCCUCCACAGCACACGGGAUCAAAGUACGAACAGAUUUCUUCGACGAGAUUUUUGUUCCUCACCGCUUAUUAUUUGAGGGCACGACCUUCGAUGGUAAGGAGCAGGUUUGGAUAUGGAAUAACGACGGGCAAGAGUUCUACAUGGACAAGAACGAACUCAUCCGGUUUAGGAUUGAAGAGGAACAAUUUGUUGACCAGCUGCCGAUUCCACCCCAUCUAAAAAACGAUGAGGCGAGCUUGCAUAAGAAGCCACCAUAUUCGCUUACGGCUUCUUGUCAACAGGCUGGGAUGGGGCUUUUGCAAUGGUGGUUGGAUGAUGAGGGUGAGGGCGAGGAGCAGGAAUAA